ACCGAUCCCUCUCCGUCAGUUUCAAGUUGCGCCUUCUCCUUGGCUGUGUGGCUCCUUACUCUGGCCUUAACAAUCAUUACUCACUAGAUAAUAGAGCAAUUCUCAAGAUCAUUGCGUGGAAAUCUGGGUCUACAAACGAAUAUGGGAUUAUUCCGGCGACACUUGAGUGGAUUAUAAACACACUGGAUCCAAAGAACGAAGAUGUCGGAGGCCUGAGUUAAAGCCACUCCAGUCCACCAGAAGGAGUGUGUUCCAGGCCUGGGGCUGGAGCCAGAGACCCCUACCUCAGGGGUUGAAGGGCCCUCACAGCCCGGUGUAAAUCUGGACCAUGGGGGAUGGAGGGGCUUGUGCAACUGGAGGAAAUGGGGUCAACCUGUCCCAUGUCCUUUUCGACAAAUUUGUCCAGGCGACCACAUUUAAGGGCACGCUCAAGGCCUUCCAGGAGCUGUGUGACCACCUGGAGGUCAAACCCACGGACUGCAAGGUCUUUUAUCACAAGCUCAAGUCCAAACUCAACUACUGGAAGGCCAAGGCGCUCUGGGCCAAGCUUGACAAGAGGGCCAGCCAUAAGGAGUACAAGAAGGGUCGUGCCUGUGCCAACUCAAAGUGUCUGAUCAUCGGUGCGGGGCCAUGCGGCCUACGUACAGCCAUCGAGCUGGCUUUCCUGGGGGCCAAAGUGGUGCUGCUGGAGAAAAGAGACGCUUUCUCCAGGAACAAUGUGCUGCACCUCUGGCCCUUCACCAUCCAGGACCUCAGGGGCCUUGGGGCUAAGAAAUUCUAUGGGAAAUUCUGUGCUGGUGCUAUCGAUCAUAUCAGUAUUCGUCAGCUUCAGCUGAUGCUGCUCAAAGUGGCUCUCCUGGUGGGCAUUGAGAUCCAUGUCAACGUAGAGUUCAAGGGUCUUAUCGAACCCCCUGAGCAUCAAGAGACUGAGAGGAUAGGCUGGAGGGCUGAGGUCCACCCCAGGACACACCCUGCCAGUGAGCUGGAGUUUGAUGUCAUUAUUGGAGCAGAUGGCAGGAGAAACACGCUACCAGGGUUUCGGCGCAAGGAGUUUCGGGGCAAGCUUGCGAUUGCCAUCACGGCGAACUUCAUCAACAGGAACACAACGGCGGAGGCAAAAGUUGAGGAGAUCAGCGGCGUGGCCUUCAUCUUCAACCAGAAGUUUUUUCAAGACCUCAGAGAAGCAACAGGUAUUGACCUGGAAAACAUCGUGUACUACAAGGACGACACGCACUACUUUGUGAUGACUGCCAAAAAACAGAGUCUGCUGGAGAAAGGAGUCAUUCUGCAUGAUUAUGCGGACACGGAGAUGCUGCUCUCCAGAGCUAACGUGGACCAGGUCGCUCUGCUUUCGUAUGCCCGUGAAGCUGCCGAUUUCUCCACCAGCCACCAGCUGCCCACGCUGGACUUCGCCAUCAACCACUACGGCCAGCCCGACGUAGCCAUGUUCGACUUCACCUGCAUGUACGCCUCCGAGAACGCCGCCAUGGUGCGGCAGCGCAAUGGCCACAAGCUGCUGGUGGCGCUGGUGGGAGACAGUCUGUUGGAGCCCUUCUGGCCCAUGGGCACUGGCAUCGCUCGAGGUUUCCUGGCAGCCAUGGACUCGGGCUGGAUGGUGAAGAGCUGGGCUCAGGGAAAAACCCCUCUGGAGGUGCUUGCUGAGAGGGAAAGCAUUUAUCGUCUACUGCCUCAGACCACACCAGAAAACGUCAGUAAGAACUUCAAUCAGUACAGUGUGGAUCCGACCACACGUUACCCCAACAUUAGCCUUAACUUCCUCAAGCCCAGCCAGGUGCGGCAUCUCUUCGACACAGGGGAGUCGAGGGAAAUGCGCAUUGAAAUAGAGAAUGUAAUCAACUCGUCAACACCCAAGUUGGCCAGGAAUGACAAUUAUCUGCUUGACAAGCAGUUGCAAGAAUCCAUUGCUCGCUCUAGUAAACUGCUCAACUGGUGCCAGAGACAGACGGAGGGAUACAGGAAUGUUAAGGUCACAGACCUUACCAUGUCGUGGAAGAGCGGCCUGGCCCUGUGUGCCCUUAUUCAUCGAUACAGACCUGAUCUCAUUGACUUUGACUCGCUGGACGAGCGAGACCAGGAGAAGAACAACCAGUUGGGCUUUGACGUGGCAGAGAGGGAAUUCGGCAUCUCGCCCUGCAUGACCGGCAAGGAGAUGUCUUCUGUGGUGGAGCCGGAUAAACUCUCUAUGGUCAUGUACCUCAGCCAGUUCUAUGAGAUGUUUAGGGACACAGUGCCACCUGGAGAUAACCACAACCUGAGUCCUGAGGAGAAGGCAGCACUCAUAGCCAGCACCAAGUCUCCCAUCUCAUUCCUGAGCAAACUUGGUCAGAGCAUAGCAAUAUCCAGGAAACGAAAUCCAAAGGACAAAAAGGAGAAGGAUGUCGACAGUUUGGGGAAGAGGAGGAAAACCAGUCAGUCUGAAGAUGAGGAAGUUUCUAGGGCGAGCCGUGACGACAGGACAUCUGUCCCCACUAUCAUCUCUGAGAGAAAAAUGGACUCUGCUGCCGUAGGCAACAACAACAACAAGGUCAAGGUCAUGGCCACCCAGCUACUUGCCAAAUUUGAGGAGAACGCCCCUGCGCAGUCGGGACUCAAACGACAGGCGGACUCACUGCCCAAUCUGGACUGCCUUUUACCCUCGUCCCCACCCAAACCCCCUGUGAAAGAGCCAAUGCGGCUGGCACCUGUUCCAGCAUGGAGAAAGAGACGCACACAGCAGCAGGAGCAGCUGAGCAUUCGCUACAAAGAAAUGAUCAAGUGUCAGACACUGCCCAACAGAGGGGAUCAGGCCAGAAGUGGUGCAGACCAGCUGUGCAAUUCGGGCCCUCGAAGUUGCCCAAAGAAAACCAUACUGCUCCCUUCUUCUGCCUCCACUUCUUCGCUCUCUCUUCACACUGAGAAUUCACAUGGAAACCCAGAGGAAGAGGAACUUGAAUACUACGAAAGGCCUCUGAAAUACGGGGAGUGGGAUCCACUGCACCUGACAGACCCAGGAGCCAUUCACAUACCGGGUAUACAGGAGAGAGCCAACUGCCUCAUUGCAAAGUUUAAGGGCAAACCCGACAAACCACCAAAGCCUAAGAAAAAGCCCUCCCGUUUCUUUUUAGAGCAGUGGUACAGUUCCCGAGGCGUCAGUCCUGGGUCACCACUGUCCUCUCCCGACUCCUCUCGAAAGGAGACGACAAGAGCUCUGCAGUCUGACGACCAAAUGCCCUUAUAUGUGCUUAGUAUUCAGGAGAGGGCUGAGCAACUGGCCUCUCAGUUUGAGGGCAAACCAGUUGGACCACAGACUAAGAAAAAGCCCUCACGCUUUUUUAUGGAUCAGUGGCACCUGGUCCGAGCUCCCCCCGACUCCUCCCCCUCUUCUUCUGACACUUCGAGACAGCGCUAUGUAAGGAUGUACACUGGGGGAGUUAGCUCAUUGGCUGAGCAGAUAGCCUGUCAGCUUCCGUCUCAGGAAGAACCCAAGGCCGUACCUGAAAAGAGGGAUUUGGGCUCCCUCCGAAAAGAGUUCCCCGUCAACAUCGGAGGCAGCGACGUUUGCUUCUUCUGUCGGAAGCGCGUGUACGUGAUGGAGAGGCUCAGCGCGGAGGGGAAGUUCUUCCAUCGCAGCUGCUUUAAGUGCGACUACUGUGGCACCACACUACGACUGUCCUCCUAUGCCUUUGAUGUGGAGGAUGGGAAAUUUUACUGCAAGCCCCACUACUGUUACCGGCUCUCAGGCUAUGCUCAGAGAAAGAGGCCUGCUCCCUCCCCUCCUCCAAUCACAGCUAAGGAGAGCCUCAUGCCUCAAACGCCUGUGGCGACCGUAGAUGCCCCCGGAAGGGCGAUGGCAGCCGCAACCCCAUCAGCUGAGCUCCAGCCCUCAGGAGCAGAGAUCAAUGGACUGCAGGAGACGAGCCUGGCUAAACGACUGCGGGGAACGCCGGAGCGCAUUGAGCUGGAGAACUACCGUCUGUCCUUGCAGAGGGAGGAGGAGCUGGAGGAGGUGCCCGAGGAGACGCUGGCAGAGCACAACCUCAGCAGUGUGCUGGACAAGGCCACAGAUGCUGACUUAGGCUCCAGUAGCUCAGAGUCUGACAUGGAUGAGGAGGAUGAGCAAGAGGACCAGGACCAGGAUCAGGACCAGGACCAGGAAGAGGUGGAGCAGCAGCUUUAUAGUCCCUCAGACCUCGGUGGUGUUCCCUGGAAGGAGGCGGUGGAGCUCCAUGCCAAACUGAGGGGAGACCCCUGUGAUGACGAGGAGGAUGAGGAGGAGGAGGGUGAUGCUCUGGGUGACGCGGUCAGCAGAGAUGGUGAAAUAGACGAAGAGCAGGAGGAGGAGGAGGAGGAGGAAGAAGAGGAUGAUGAAGAUGAUGAGGAGUCAAGUGAAGAGGGAGAUUACUGCCCCUGGGACAGAGAGCUCCAGUCUGGCCUUUGGCUGGAGAAGUACCUCACAGAUGAAGAGGAUGUUGGUACAUUUAAAGCUAGGAACCUACAGAUUCAGCAGCUCUUGCAGCCUGUGGAUCCCCAAGCCAUUCCGGGUCUGGUGAGAACUCACCGGGACUCUGAGGGAGACCAGGACGGCCAGCCGGCCUCGGCCUCCCAACUCUCGCAACCCUCUGAACUCACACAGCCCUCCUCCACAGCACCUGCCCACACAUCCGCCCGACACGAGGCAGUGAGAGUCUGGUUGGAGUCCAUGUCUGGAGAGCCUUGUGAGGACGAAGACCUUGAAGCAGAGGCAGACACCCCGGAAAUGGAGCCUGGCACGGAGAUGGAUCAAGAUGACAUCCCUUCAGAUGCGGAGGCUGAGGCUCGUUUGCAACGAUCAGAGCAGGGCGAAGGACUUCUUGAAGACGACGAGAAAUCAGAAAGUGGGGGGAAAGCUUCCAGCAUUGAACUGCCCAGCAUCGGCCCGAUUCCGAAGGACGACGCCGUCCUUUCCCCUUUCAAACUGUCACCACAACCUGAGACACAGAUACCUCUUGUGAUAUCUCCUGACACCCGCUUUUUCCCAGAUCCUUUCAUACCUGAGGAAACCAAGCCUGAGGGGAUGACGCCGCCUUCUCCAGCUGCUAGGAGCCCCCUGUGCCCUUCACCUGUCCCUUCUCCUUCUCUGGGCACUUUUCCCGUCAAUGACUUUGCUACAUUGCCACCCACUUCUCCCACCAAAUCACCUGCUGCCUCUCCAAUCACGCCAGGAAUUAAGUCGCCAGUCAGUUCCGCCGUCAAGUCUCCUGUUGGCUCACCCAUGUGCUCCCAGCCCACACUGCUCCCAGAGGCUUGCACUCCUAAAUCUCCAGUUUACCCCCACUCUAUUUGCCCUCUCACAGGUAACCCUCUCUCCCCACUUUGUUCCCAGCCUCUGCCUUGUCAUGAGCCGUCGUCGCCGCUCACCUCAGACUCACCUGUUAGAACGCAGCCCGUUCCCGCGGUCACGUCAACACCCAUGAACAAAACUGACAACGGCACGCCCGAGCCUCCAAAGUCUAUAGACUCCUCGACAGAGGAGAGCUCAUCUAAAAAAUCCGAUAUCAUUGAGGAGUUUUGGCUCAAGAGUGCUGAGAUAAGAAAGAGCCUUGGUUUGACUCCUUUGGAUCGCAGUAGUAAAAUCUUAGAGAAGAGUGUCGUAAAGGCUCCGACACAGGACCCAACUCCUGUAAAGACAGAGUCUCCUGAUAUGUCGGAGGGACAGAAGCCUGCCUUAGCUGGUCGCACUGUUAUUCGCAGACUGAACAUCACUCUCGAGGGUCAGGUCAUUACACCCCUCGCUCCUGUGGAGCCCAAGGGCAAGGGCUCUGAUAAGCGGGACCUCAGCAGCAGCUCUGGCCUGGGCCUGAAUGGUAGCAUGGCCACCAGCCAGACAGUGAACAGUGACAGCUACAGUAUGUCUGACUCCACUAUGCUCACGCCACCCUCCAGCCCGCCACCGCCUGUGCCUGCUAAUCAGUCGCCAGCUGUGCUCCGACAGCAGAGACACCAAGUGUCCUGGAGCAACGGGACAGAAAAACGUCCAUCGGAGCGUGCCAAAGAGCCGGCCAAAACCAAGACUCCCGUCCCUGCUCCGAGGACCCAGCUGAGUCCUGUGUCUGUGCCCAAGCCUGCACCAAGGAAAGUCUCAUCACCACAGGCAGAACCAGAGCCAGCUCCCGUGGUUGUCAUGAGGGAGAAGAAGAAGCCUCGACCGGCGGAGGCGAGGAAGUCUUUUGUGGAGACCGUGGAGGAGAUUCCAUUUGCUGAUGACGUGGAGGAGACGUAUGACGAACGGACACCAGAGACGAGCAUGAACAGGUAUGUUACACCGCCCACUAGCAGGCCCGGCAGAGAAAAACCCCCGCUGCACCUGGCUCUAGCAAUGGAAAACGGCAAACCCAAUAUCGCAAGCAACACCGUUACCAAGCAACAAAGGGCAACUCAGUUCUCCACCGAGGCCAAGGAGAUCGCCGAGGAGAGAAUAAGGGCCAGAGAAAAGUCUGUCAAGAGCCAGGCACUGAAAGAUGCCAUGGCCAAGCAGCUAAACAAAAUGAAAGAAUCUGACAUCGACAAGGGUGCCAUACCCAAGGUAGCCUGGAGUGUGACCCCAGAUACCGCCACUAAAAGUAAGAAGUCAGCCGGCUCACCCAAGACAUCGGCCGUGAAAGCCCUGGAGUCGAAGAAGGCGGAGACUCUGCCAGAGCGCUUCUUCAGCAGCAGCAAGAGCCUCGACAGCUCGGUGGUUUCGUCUGACGGCUCCUCUACAAGCAAGAGCAAGAAAAGGAGCUCCCUCUUCUCGCCACGCAAGAAUAAGAAGGAGAAAAAAGCCAAGAAUGACGGCAGCAGGCUCUCUGGCGCGGAAGAGACGCCGCCCAAACACAAGUCUUUAUGGAAGGCCGUGUUCUCGGGGUACAAGAAGGACAAGAAGAAGAAGGGGGAGAAAUUGUGUCCGGGUUCGCCGUCCUCGAGCUCCACCACUCAGGACUCUGGGAAAAAGAGAGCAUCGUCUCCUGGGACAUCGUCAGACUUAAAAACGCGCAGAAACUUGAGCUUCUCCGAGGACUCGGACCUGUCCUGUGAUGACGUUCUGGAGAGAUCCUCCCAGAAGUCAAAGGCAGACCGACAUACGGACAUCUUUGACCUAGUGUCAGACAUGCAAAAGGGAGCGAUUCAGGAGGAGAAACUGCACAAGGAGAAAAGGAGAGAGUUAAAGGAGAAAAGGAGAGUGAAAGAGAGGCAUAAAGAGAUAGAGCGGGAAAACGAGGUUGAUCGAGAAAAGAAGGAGAAAGACGACGAGGAGUCUGUUUAUGUUCCUCACGCACUGGCGUUCAAGAGAUCAUACGCCACAAAGAAAACCUACACAGAAGAAGAGCUGAACGCCAAGCUCACACGGCGAGUGCAGAAAGCUGCGCGGCGACAAGCCAAGCAGGAGGAGCUCAAGAGGCUGCACAGAGCCCAGAUUAUCCAGAGACAGUUGGAGCAGGUGGAGGAGAAGCAGCGGCAGCUGGAGGAGAGGGGCGUAGCUGUGGAGAAAGCGUUGCGAGGAGAAGCAGGAUUGUAUAAAGGUACUUAUACGUUACCCAAACAGCACAAAAGAAGAUCAGACUAUUGGGGAGAUUCUAAUUACAGUGAAAUCCUGGACUUGCAUCUGGGCGGCAUGGGCAAGAAGGACGACCCUAAACUAAUGCAAGAGUGGUUCAAGCUCGUCCAAGAGAAGAAUGCCCUGGUCCGCUAUGAGUCAGAACUCAUGAUAUUUGCUCGAGAGCUGGAGCUGGAGGACCGACAGAGCCGACUGCAGCAGGAACUCAGGGAACGGAUGGCUGUGGAAGAUCACCUGAAGACAGAGAAGGAGCUUGCUCAGGAGAAGCAGAUUCUGAAUGAGAUGUUGGAGGUGGUGGAGCAGCGUGACGCCCUGGUGGCCCUCCUGGAGGAGCAGAGGCUUCGGGAGAAGGAGGAAGACAAGGACCUAGAGGCGGUCAUGCUCUCAAAAGGCUUCAACCUCAACUGGGCUUAAAAGGGAGUGAAGCACUAGCUUAUUAUCAUCAUCUUUGAUCAAAGUAGCCUGCUGAACAUGGACUCUGGCAGUUGGUUCUGAAACUGUCACACCUGCAGCAGUGAAUGUGUUACGUGUUAUUUCCCGACACACACACACACACACACACACACACAAUGGCUGCCUCUGAAAUUGAGGCGACCUGCCACGUUUACAUAACUUCCCGCUGAAAUGCAGUCCUGCAGUUUUGCUUGUGCUCGCUGUCUGUGGGCGGAGAGGCAAGUACAUUCUCGACGUUAUUAUCGCAGGCCUCGCCAGGAUCCUCUCAAACAGGUGAGGGCCUUUGGGAGGACGUUUAAAAGACUUGUUUCAUUCUUGACUAUCUAAAGGGAAGAGUGCAGUUUGGUCCUGCUGAUGUAAAGGAAUUGUAAAGCAUUGUGUUUUUUUCCGUGUACAGUAGUGUAGAGCAAGUCGGAUCAUUUUCAGCAGACGGUUUUUCCCCCUCUCUCUGAACAUUACUGGCAACCGAGGUGUGAAUAACUGCUCAGUCCGUCUGUAGGAAAGACGUCCUCCACCGAAGACGGACUGACUUCUGCAUCCGUACGAACCACAGAGACGCUAUGUGAAAGGCGCUCGCUUGAGUCAACACAAAGAACCCAUUAAAUAUGGACACAUCUUUAUGUAUGUAGGAGUUUUGUUAGCUUUUGACAGAUAAACACUUUUUGGAGAUUUUUUGACAGCAGAGUGCCCAGAAACCCAUUAUCUUGCACUUGUGCAAAAAUCUCAUGCACCCAUUAGCCACUGCAUGUCAGGAAUGAAGGCUGCAGACAUAAAAGAGAACUUUAUAGCUAGACAGAAUACAGAUCUACACUAUAAAUGAAUAUUAAGACACUUCACAUGACUCGGGUAAUGAUGGGCUUCUUUGUCGGAUGCUGCUCAGUGUGUAUGUCACACUGACUGCUUCUGUUGACAAACACCCUUAUUCAAUAUUGGAUUUUGUUCUUUAGGUUUUCUGCUUUGAUGAACAGCAGCGAGUUAAAUUGACUGUUGACAGGAUUAUAAUGAGAAGAACUCUGUUUUCGGGUUCAUUUAACAUUGUGAUGUCUAUUAUCAUUCAUGAAUCUGAUUUCACUGUUAUUUAAUGGCAGAUCGGUGGAGCUCAUGUCACUCAUUCUGUGCCACAGGACUGUCUCUGCUGGUGGAUAUGCAAUAUUUAAGGAGUACACCGCAGGAACACACGCACUAGAUAACACGUAGAUCAGUAUAUGGCAGUGUUAAUCCUUUACCCUUGAACAAAAUGCCUUUUUUCAUUUUAAUUAUCCAUAUUUAAUUUAUGUUUUUGAGGUAGUCAUGUCUGUGCAUCCCACUGGAACUCAAGUUUUUUUCCCUCUUUUUCAAAUAUUUACACUACAGCAGUUCUCCAAGCGAACAAAGAUUUUUAAUAGGACACUGAAGCAAAGUGCUUUAUGAGCAACUUGCAUUUGACAGAAACAUUAUGGUUUAUCUGGGGGGCAGUCACAUCUUACAGCCUUUUUUUUUGACAACUGUAAAGAAAUCCAGGUGGUCACUGUUUUAUGGCACAGAAACACUAGAGGCUAUAUUUAUGACUCUGUAUGAGCUGUAAAUAAACAAAGUGUUACAUAAUUUUAAGGGUUGUUGUUUUAGACGAAGUGUGAUGAGUUUUGAUUUGAUUGUAUUGAUAUUUAUUAACAUGUGUGCAAACUGUAUUAUAUGUAAAGAAAAUGAAUCCUAAUUUUUAAACUGUUCUGUUGACACAUGACUCAAAAAUGUAAAUGCUUCAUGUAGCUAAAAUGCAUAGGGGUGUUGGAUGUAUGCUGGAAACGGCAAUAAAACAAUGCAGUUCUUUUAAA